CCGGGCGGCGGCGUUAUGAGCGCGGCCGGGCUGCUGGCCCCGGCCCCCGCCGGAGCGCCACCCGCCCCGGAGUAUUACCCAGAGGAGGAGGAGGAGCUGGAGAGCGCCGAGGACGACGAGCGGAGCUGCAGGGGCCGCGAGUCCGACGAAGAUACUGAGGAUGCUAGUGAAACUGACCUGGCAAAGCAUGAUGAGGAAGAUUAUGUCGAAAUGAAGGAACAGAUGUAUCAGGACAAACUGGCAUCUCUCAAGAGACAAUUACAACAACUGCAGGAAGGUACAUUACAAGAAUAUCAGAAAAGGAUGAAAAAACUGGACCAGCAGUACAAAGAAAGGAUACGAAAUGCAGAACUUUUCCUUCAGCUGGAAACAGAACAGGUGGAGAGAAAUUACAUUAAGGAGAAGAAGGCUGCUGUGAAGGAGUUUGAGGAUAAGAAGGUGGAGCUAAAGGAGAACCUGAUUGCUGAGCUUGAGGAAAAAAAGAAGAUGAUUGAAAAUGAGAAGCUGACCAUGGAGCUGACAGGAGAUUCCAUGGAAGUGAAGCCCAUCAUGACGAGAAAAUUGAGGCGGAGGCCAAAUGAUCCAGUUCCAAUCCCAGACAAGAGGCGGAAACCUGCCCCUGCCCAGUUGAACUAUUUGUUAACAGAUGAACAAAUCAUGGAGGACCUCAGAACGUUAAAUAAGCUUAAAUCACCCAAGAGACCAGCAUCUCCCUCUUCUCCAGAGCAUCUCCCUUCUACACCUGCAGAGUCUCCUGCCCAACGGUUCGAAGCUCGGAUAGAAGAUGGCAAACUCUACUAUGAUAAAAGAUGGUACCACAAGAGCCAAGCUAUCUAUCUGGAGUCAAAAGAGAACACCAAGAUCAGCUGUGUGAUCAGUUCUGUUGGUGCCAAUGAGAUCUGGGUACGGAAGACAAGCGACAGCACGAAGAUGAGGAUCUACCUGGGGCAGCUUCAACGAGGGCUCUUUGUGAUCCGCCGGCGCUCGGCUGCGUGACACCCUUCCCUCCUCCACCGUGGCUUUUCCUCGAGUGGCUUUUUGUUUUGGUUUUCUUUUUUAAGAGAAAUUAAAUUUACAGGGAAUAAUGGCGACGCCACCUUGGAAACGGACAACACUGUGUUAUGGAUCCUGCAACCACUUGUGGCUGGCCACAUACUCCUUGGAUUAGUUCUGGCCCAUCCAUGCAACCACCCCUUGAUCUCUUCCAUACUUCACUUUGAGACUUUGUUCAAUUCAGAGGAGACACACACGCAUACAUACACAUACGUACAUACACACUGUGUGUGCGUGUGUGCGUGUCUGUGCUCAUGGGUUUUGGUUGGUGAAAAACGAUUUCAGAUGUCUUCAUGUGUUUAUACUUUUAAAAGUGGAGGGCAGGGUUGGGGGCGGCAGCAUUUGCGUUUUCUUCUAGUUUAAUAUUUUGAAUAUAUUCAAAUAGAGCCUUGUCCCAGGUCAAGAGCUAGCUUUGCUAUUUCCCCAGCAGUCUUGGGGCAGAGGUCUAAGGAGGAGAUCAAUUCUCCUGGUUCUCCGCCGCUGCUGUGAAAUACUUUCUGUAACAUCUGGCACAUGCCAACAAUUCCACUGGAUGAGCAACCAAAAGAUUUGCCCAGGAUUCCAGGUGCCCUGGAAGAAAUGGGAAGAAGAUUAAGAAGUCAUAACAUGCUGAUGUUACCAUCUUUUCAAUAACAUUCAGUGCAUGUAGUUACUGUAUUCAGGCACCAUUGGUUAAAUCCCAAGAUGCAUUUGCAAGCCUUUUUUUUUUUAAAUUUGGACCAAAAAAAAAUCCUUUUGAGACGACUGUGUCUUGUUAGUGUAUUUUCCCCUAACUUCAAAUAGAUGAAAAGGGGUACAUACUGCAAUCUUAAAGUUAAUUGAGUUGUCCUCAAGUAGAAGGUAAAGGAAGACUAAUAGCAAUGGUAUAAUCACAGAUAGGUGUGCUCCCACAUAAAAUUCCAGAUUAUUUCCUCUUGCUAAUUCAGUUACAGCUCAUUAACCAUUCUGGAACAACUCACGGAAGAGACUCUUUUGGAGGGUAGUGCUCCUGGAUUCUCCAAGGGCUGGCAUCAGCUGAAGUGGAAUUGUCCUGCCUUGACUGUUGGUGGACUGUGGCACUUGAGCAGACGGAAUCCAGAUGCCACAUUGUACUUUAUGCUCCUCAUCAUUCUCCACUCUCCCUCCAUCUUCUCCUCCCCACUCCCCUUUUGAUAACUGGAGAAAUGACUCUAUAGUAUUUUCUAUAAUAGUGAUGUCAUUUUGAAAUGUUUGUAGUGGCCUUGACUUUAGCACCUCAGAGGCAACUGGCAGCAGGAAUCUAUUCAGUCUGUUGUACAUGGUCUCGUUUACCCUGAAAGAUUCUUGUUAACCUCGUAUCUCAUGAUACGCCACAGAAAGGACUUUGGGAUUACCUCCAUGAGGGUGUUACAUCAGCAGAGACCAAGGAUACUUGAUUUGGAGCCGACAUUUAUAAAGCUUUGUUUUCAAUAUGAUUUUAAGCCCGUUUUCUCUUUAUUUUUCUUAUUUCCAAAAAUAGGAUAAAUGAGGCUAUUGUUUGCACAAAGUUGUUGGGGUGUUUUAAAAAAUGUUUCCCUUUCCCAGUACUGAUCAUGUCAUAUACCACAAUCAGGCAAUAGCCCUAGGUCGGCUUUCAUUCGUGAAUCUCCCUUUGACUUGUAGAUCCUCCAGGCCAGAAUUGUAGCACAGACUGGUCUGUGUCACUUUGUGGUUGUCAGGAACUUGUCACACCUGAAUUUUCAGCUUUAGCAGUGCCACUUGGGUCUCAUGGAAAAAUUGGUCUUUGCCCCCAAAUAAGUAACAUAGUGGGCACGACUGGAACUUGUGGCUAUCAGAAGGUGUGGGCUCACUCAGUGUGUUACAUUUAUACAAAACGGCUCAUGGCAGUUUGAACAAGAAGGCAUUUUUUCUGCUCGUCAACAGCAGUAGCAAACCUCACGAAAUCCAAUAUACCAAAGUUUGAUUUUCUCAUAGAGAAUUGUCCAUGACCUCACCCAGUGCCCACUGCAGCACAGAAAGCUGUAUUUUCUUUUUCUUCCAUCAGGGGGUGUUUUCUGUGCUUUUGUACCAAGUUAGAUUUGACCAAUUUAAAAAAAGAGGAAGUCAUGCUUUGAGAAGUUGUAUGUGCCCUCUUCCUUCUGCAACUUUGAAAACCAUUGAGACCAAUAAUAAUCCACUAUCUCCAUCAUCACUUAUGCUCCCUGAGCACCAUAAUGUCCCAUAAUAGUUAUUUUAUGACUCUUAAGCUCACCUUGAUCACGAUCUAAUAACUUUAAAGUGGGCUUUUGGAACACAGUGUGUACUAAGUUGUCUCCCCUAUUUCCAGAAAGUUCAAUUUGUAUUUAAUUUAAAAGUCUCUGAUUGUCAACCAAGGAAUUUUCUAGUAGUACUUAGGUUGCUCUUUCUGGUGGUCUGUAAGAUAACCAGAUGUGAGAACAUCCCUCUCAAAAGAUGGAGAUUAUUCUGUGAUUGAGAAAAUCUGUCGAAGGGAAAAGAUGGAUAGGCUUUGGGAUAGAUUAGAAUUAGGAGAGGAGGGGAGGCUUCCGUUAAGACCCACUUGCCUUGAUCAGGGCUUUCAACUCCAGACAACAGUCACUGUUGUAAAGAUCUAGGAUUAUGAAAUGUCUAACCCUAGGUCUCCAGGUUAACUUCUAAAUUAAAAUAGUUUCUUUCAAAUAACUGGCUUCUUUAGCACAUGGCACUUUAGAAAAGGUCAGUCCAAAUCUGUUUUAUAGUCUAUGUAUGUGUGUUUUUGUCAGGCAUGCUUUCCUGCUACAAGGCUGCCCCUACUCCUAUUGCAUCCCUAGGUUAAAAGUGCUUGUGUCCUUUUUGGAAAGAAUUUUCAGAUAGCUUUUUGUAGCUGUGCCAAAGCCAGGAUGUUUUGGGAAGGUUUGUGGCAUAUUUGGUAACCGUAUUUGUGAACUACCAAAUAAGUAGCUGUAAUUUUUUGGUUGCCUUAACUGGGACAAAGAAGAAAUCUCAGUGGCUCAUGUGCAGUGCACUUCAUUUUUGGGGGUGUGUUUGUGGUUUGAUCUUUGUGAAGUGCUGUUUGGAACCUAUGGUAGCAUGUGGCUUUCCAUGUCUGAAGAGUACUGGGGAGGGGGGGAGCCCCUGCUUUUAGAUACUGGCUGUAAGUAGGAAGAAGUAACUUAUAAUUGAACCCUAAAGAAGAAAGCUAAGUUUUCUUAUUGUAAUAUUUCCCUAGUCCUUGAUUGUUUACUGAUUUUGUCGAUUAAAAAAAAAGUUACUCAUUUA